AUGUCUGAUCCACGACCUCCUCCCCCCGGCACCCUUGCCGAGGCUUUGUCUUUGGCCGGGUCAAUUGCCGACACCGUCUCCAACCUCGCCGACUAUAGUACCCCUUCAGCUGCCGAGAUGCGCCUCUUUGCGGUCGAGAUGCGCCUCCUGGCCUGCUCCUUGCAUUGUGUCGACACCAUUCGACCUCCAAGAGGCGACGACGAUACCGCCCCUGAACUCAAGACCCAAGUUGAGAAUAUGUACAAAAUGUGCGCGACCAUCCUCGAGCACCUCAAGGACCUCCAAGAUGCUCUGCGUCCUCUUGCUGAACAGUUUCGAACCCCUUCGCUGCUGAGCCGGGUUUUCCCCCGACUGGAGUGGUUCUUUGCCGACAAGAGAAAGGUGCUCGUCCACCGCAAGGCCCUAAACGCACAACGCGUAAUGCUUAAUAUUUACACAGCAAUGGUAUUUGUGAGGCUGGAAGAUAGGUAG